AGGAUCAUCUCCCACAUGAAGACAUCACGAAGCCUCCACAUCAUGUGCCACAUCCCAGUCUUCUGCUGGAUCACUGCUACAGUUCUGGAGGAUGUGCUGGAAACCAGAGAGGGAGGAGAGCUGCCCAAGACCCUGACUGAGAUGUACAUCCACUUCCUGGUGGUCCAGACCAAAGUCAAGAAGGUCAAGUAUGAUGGAGGAGCUGAGACAGAUCCACACUGGAGUCCAGAGAGCAGGAAGAUGAUUGAGUCUCUGGGAAAACUGGCUUUUGAUCAGCUGCAGAAAGGAAACCUGAUCUUCUAUGAAUCAGACCUGACAGAGUGUGGCAUCGAUAUCACAGCAGCCUCAGUUUACUCAGGAGUGUUCACACAGAUCUUUAAAGAGGAGAGAGGACUGUACCAGGAGAAGGUGUUCAGCUUCGUCCAUCUGAGUGUUCAGGAGUUUCUGGCUGCUCUUCAUGUCCAUCUGACCUUCAUCAAGUCUGGAAUCAACCUGAUGGAAGAACAACAAGCACACUUUAGGUUGUCCACAACUUUUAAGAAACCCGAUUCAAACCUUCUCCAUCAGAGAGCUGUGGACGAGGCCUUACAGAGUCCAAAUGGACACCUGGACUUGUUCCUCCGCUUCCUCCUGGGUCUUUCACUGCAGACCAAUCAGAGUCUCCUACGAGGCCUGAUGACACAGACAGGAAGUAGCUCACAGACCAAUCAGAAAACAGUCCAGUACAUCAAGGAGAAGAUCAGUGAGAAUGUGUCUGCAGAGAGAAGCAUCAAUCUGUUCCACUGUCUGAAGGAACUGAAUGAUCGUUCUCUAGAGGAGGAGAUCCAUCAGUUCCUGAGAUCAGGACGUCUCUCCACAGAUAAACUGUCUCCUGCUCAGUGGUCAGCUCUGGUCUUCAUCUUACUGUCAUCAGAAGAAGAUCUGGAGGUGUUUGACCUGCAGAAAUACUCUCCUUCAGAGGAGGUUCUUCUGAGGCUGCUGCCAGUGGUCAAAGCCUCCAGCAAAGCUCUACUGAGCAGCUGUUCCCUCUCAGAUGAAGGAUGUUCAGCUCUGUCCUCAGCUCUCAGCUCUCCGUCCUCCAGUCUGAAGGAACUGGACCUGAGAAUCCAGGACUCAGGACUGAAGGAGCUGUGUGAUGGACUGGAAAAGUGGAAACUGGAAACUCUCAGCCUGAGUGGAUGUACCAUCUCAGAUGAAGGAUGUUCAGCUCUGUCCUCAGUUCUCAGCUCCCAGUCCUCCAGGUUGAUAAAACUGGACCUGAGUAUCGAAGCCUCAGGAAUGAAACAUCUGUCUGCUGGACUGCAAAGUCCAAACUGUAAACUGGAAACUCUCAGCCUGAGUAGAUGUACCAUCUCAGAUGAAGGAUGUUCAGCUCUGUCCUCAGUUCUCAGCUCCCAGUCCUCCAGGCUGAUAAAACUGGACCUGAGUAUCGAAGCCUCAGGAGUGAAACAUCUGUCUGCUGGACUGCAAAGUCCAAACUGUAAACUGGAAACUCUCAGACUGAGUGGAUGUACCAUCUCAGAAGAAGAAUGUUCAGCUCUGUCCUCAGUUCUCAGCUCCCAGUCCUCCAGGCUGAAAAAACUGGACCUGAGUAUCGAAGCCUCAGGAAUGAAACAUCUGUCUGCUGGACUGGAAAGUCCAAACUGUAAACUGGAAACUCUCAGACUGAGUGGAUGUACCAUCUCAGAUGAAGGAUGUUCAGCUCUGUCCUCAGUUCUCAGCUCCCAGUCCUCCAGGCUGAAAAAACUGGACCUGAGUAUCGAAGCCUCAGGAAUGAAACAUCUGUCUGCUGGACUGCAAAGUCCAAACUGUAAACUGGAAACUCUCAGCCUGAGUGGAUGUACCAUCUCAGAUGAAGGAUGUUCAGCCCUGUCCUCAGUUCUCCGCUCCCUGUGCUCCAAGCUGAUAAAACUGGACCUGAGUAUCGAAGCCUCAGGACUGAAACAUCUGUUUGUUGGACUGGAAAGUCCAAACUGUAAACUGGAAACUCUCAGGCUGAGUGUGUGUGGUUUCCUGCAGGACUCAGGACUGAAGAAGCUGUGUGAUGGACUGAAGAGUCCAAACUACAAACUGGAAUCUCUCAGGUCAGGAUUCAUCAAAUUCAUAUAUAAUGUUAAAGGGAUGGAAUAUUUAUUUCUCCAAAAGGAGGGCAGGUAGAAAAAGUGUGAGAACCACUGAGUUAUAGCUGCUGUUAGAAUGAGUUUGUAGUUGUA